UACACUCGACAUGGUUGGCAGUUUGUAUCAGAUAUGCAAAAGGGACUAAUUCCAGCUCUUCAAGAGGUUAUGCCUGGAGUAGAACACAGGUUUUGUGUGUGGCAUUUGUGGAAGAAUUUUUGUAAGAUGUUCAAGGAUAAACAACUGAAGGAUGUUGUUUGGGUUUGUGCAAAAAGUACUACACCGCAACAAUUUAACACCGAGAUGGAUAAAUUGAAGGCGAUGAACAAUAGUGCAUGGGAUUAUCUCUCUAAGUUUCCGCCUAAUACAUGGAGUAGAGCCUAUUUUUCGGAGCAACCUAAGGUAGACACUUUGUGCAACAAUAACUGUGAAGCUUUUAAUGCGAAGAUUUUGAAGUACAGAGGAAAACCAAUUCUGAAGAUGCUUGAGGAAAUUAGAAGCUACAUAAUGAGAAAUAUGGCAUCGAAUAAGAGGUAAUUGAGUGGAUGGUUAGGAGAGCUUACACCCGUCCAACAAAGUAGGCUUGACAUAGAGAAAACUCGAAGUAACAAAUGGAGGGUCCAAUUUUCUGGUGAUGGUCGGUUUCAAGUAGAAAAACAUGCUAUGAGAAUGGAUGUUGACAUUGACAAAAAAACUUGUACUUGUAGGCUUUGGCAAAUUAGUGGGAUGCCUUGUAGGCAUGCAAUUGCUGCAAUGGCUAGUUGGGGUUUACAACCUGAGGAAUUUGUCCAUAAUUGGCUUAAGAUGCCAUCAUUCAAGGCUGCUUAUGAGGAAUUUAUUCGGCCUUGCA